UUAGCGGCCCCAUCCGGGCACUCGGCGCAGCGCUGUGCCUUAGCCCGAUCGUCGCAAUAUGGCGGAGGCUUCCUUUGGAAGUUCUAGCCCAGGUUCGUCCUCAUCCACCGCCUGCUUCAGCACCCAGCCUGCCGCCCACACACUACUCACUCCUUCCUGUUUCAUCCAAAAUUUAUACCUUUCCUAGCGCUUUGUAUGCACGCAAUUAACAGUCUGCCAGAUUUUUAAGAAGAGAUGUACACUGUCCUUCUCUUAACUCCAGUUGCAGUUAGUAAUUGGCUGCUUGGAACCCCAAAGGAAACCAAAGUUUUGUAGUACUUUCAAGUCAGCAACUCAGUAAAGCCAUGUAGCCUGGAGAGAGACUGUUGCUCUCAUUGCUGAUAACUACUGGCUUGUGUAAAUUCUUUACUUCUUGCUAAUAGCAGGAAAUGUUUUAAAUUGCAAUGAUAACUCACUUUUUAAGACUUUUAAGUGCUGCUGAGGUUCUCUGGAGUACUUCACAGAGGCAAGCAUAGUUAACAUCAGCAGAGCUACCCUUGGAGAAGAAUUUGCAGAGUGUACUUGUUUUUUUUUGUAGCUACUUUCUGAAUUGUCUGGUUGACACCUUUUUUUAACUACAUAUAUGAAAUUUAUUGAGCUUCUAUUUUCUAACAUGAUUUUAAGUAUUUCAAAUGGGAUAUUGAGUACUCAGACCUACUAAAAAAGUGGAACUUUUUUGUCUGGAGCCUAUGAGCAGAAGAGGACUUUCACUUGAGUUACACAAAAUUAUUUAUAACAGCCAUUAGAAUCAAUAAUCUUAAGCAUACCUGUACAUAAAGAUACAUUGGAUUAAGGCAGUUGACAUUUUCUUAAAACUGGAUCAGGAUGUGAUAGCCAACAGCAGGGCAAUGAAGCACUUCAUGUCCUUACUGCAACUGGAGUAGUGUUAUCAGCAAUACCAAAAGUUCUGUGAUACCCUGAUAUGAAUAGCAUGUGAAUAAAAAGCAUUUUUGGCCUGAAUGUUUCUCUACAGUAUAAUGUCACAAAAUUUCACAUUAUUUUCUUAAGUGAGCUAAACAAAGUUUAUUUACCUGCAUGUAAUGCAUGAACAUUUAGCAUAGUUGCUGAAAAAUUAGUUAGAUACUGUAAUACUCAGAAGUAUUAGUAUGUACAUGUGUCUCUUUCAAGGCUGGAAGCAGUGAAAAGAGGGAUACUGCUUUAUAGGUUUUUUUGAAGAGGAUUGAAAAUUUGUAGCUAUUAGAAAAUUAUGAAGAAGUUCUUAUGUGGACAUAAAUCCUAAUGAACCUUUUCUUUGCUACUUGUAAGCCAAGGAUUGCAACAUAGCACUAGUACAUGCAAACCAGAAGGGGAAAUCAGAAGUGAAAUAUCCUAAUCUGUUUCUUCAUCCUGAAAGACAUUAGAGAACAAAACAACCCUGUACUUCUGUGAUUUUCGCUGCAGAACACUGACUAUGUUGGCUCAUUGUCGUCUGAGGAUCAUGACUUUGACCCAUCUGCUGAGAUGCUGGUACAUGAUUAUGAUGAUGAGCGAACUCUUGAAGAAGAGGAAAUGAUGGAGGAAAGCAAAAAUUUCAGCUCUGAAAUUGAAGAUUUAGAAAAGGAAGGAAACAUGCCAUUGGAAGAUUUACUGGCGUUCUAUGGCUAUGAACCCACAAUUCCAGUUAUGGCAGGUUCCAGUGCAGAUAGCUCUCCAAGUGAACUUGCAGAUGAACUUCCAGAUAUGACUCUAGAUAAAGAGGAAAUCGCUAAAGAUCUUCUGUCAGGUGAUGAUGAAGAAACACAGUCCUCUGCUGAUGACUUGACACCAUCAGUUACUUCACAUGAGGCUACUGACUUCUUCCCUCGGCCAUUAAGAUCAAAUACUACGUGUGAUGGAGAUAAGGAAUCAGAUGGUGAAGAUGUAGAGGCAGACAAUGGUAAUUCAUCUGAAGAUUUGAGAAAGGAAAUAAUGAUUGGUUCACAGUACCAGGCUGAAAUUCCACCUUACCUGGGCAGAUACAGUGAUGAAGAAAAGGCCUAUGAAAAUGAAGACCAUUUACUUUGGAAACCUGAUGUGAUCUCAGAAAGUAAAGUUAAAGAAUACCUUUUUGAAACCUCCUUAAGAACAGGAAAUGAAAAAAUGAUCGUCAGAGUUCCCGAAGUCCUACAUACACGGGACAAUGAACAAGCAUUGUAUGAGCUUCUUAAAAGCAGCCAUAAUGUUAAAGAAGCAAUUGAGAGAUACUGCUCAAAUGGAAGAGCAUCUCAGGAAGAGAUGACAGCAUGGACAGAAGAAGAAUGCAGAAGCUUUGAACACGCGCUUCUGAUUUAUGGAAAAGACUUUCAUCUCAUACAGAAAAACAAGGUAAGAACCAGAACAGUUGCUGAGUGUGUGGCUUUCUAUUACAUGUGGAAAAAGUCAGAACGUUACGAUUACUUUGCUCAGCAAACAAGAUUUGGAAAGAAGAGAUAUAACCAUCAUCCAGGAGUUACGGACUACAUGGAUCGUUUAGUAGAUGAAGCGGAAGCCCUAGGUGGAGCAGUGCAUUCUUCAGCCUUAACAUCUAACAGUCGAACGGAAACCAUUCCCGAUCAGCAACUAAGCAUUCUGAACUCCAUCACUGCCAAUGAGUUGACAGCUUUGACAAAUAGUGUAGCUACAGUCUGCCACGCCUCAGAUGUCAGCUGCCUGGACGACGCCUUCCCUCCCAUGGACAGCUUACCCCGAGCACCAGUUAGUCACGUGCCUGUCGGCACAGAGGAGUUGCUUAACUUGCCCAGCAAUGGCGAAAGUGAUUGCUUUAAUUUAUUUGAGACUGGCUUUUAUCACUCAGAGCUAAACCCAAUGAACAUGUGCAGUGAGGAGGCAGAGCGGCCCACCAAGAGAUUAAAAAUGGGAAUUGCUGUCCCAGAGUCCUUCAUGAAUGAUGUCUCUGUAAAUAACCUUGGUGUGGACUUUGAGAACCACACACACCACAUUACCAGUGCCAAAAUGGCAGUUUCAGUGGCUGACUUCAGCAGUCUAUCUGCAAACGAGACAAAUGGUUUUAUCAAUGCCCACACUCUUCACCAACAUGCUGCCCUUCACUCGGAGUGACUGUGGGAAAGUGAAACAAACAUUGGGUACUUUAUGCAGUAGUAGUAAACUUGAUGGAAGCUAUCAGGUUUGCCUAGUCUUUCACUGGAAGUUUGAACUUUAUGACAUCAGUGAUGUCUUUGUAUGUAUAGAACUAUAUCUUGAUUUAUCAAGAGUAAUUUCUUUUUUCAGUCCAUAAUGUGGAAAUGUCAUAGGAUGUCUGGCAGAGUUUGGGACUAAGAGAACUCUGUGGUGCAGCUUUAAGCUCUGCUUCAGUUUUCUUUUUUUUGGUGGUUUUAUUUCCUUUAAAGCCUGUACACAGAAGCCACUAUUUCAAAACCAGCACAGAUGUUCUGAAAGGAACAGAGUGGCUUUUUAGUCUUAAGUUACUUUUGCCGUAACAGAUGCAGUGGAGUAACUAUGUUUACAGGUACCGAUUCUGAUCCCUGCUCAAUGUAGCAUUUUUGGUUUUUCCCCUUGUAAAGGCAGGGAUGGGUUUCUUUAAUAAUUAAAACUGCACAAACAUACAAGGAUGUUUUUUAAAUUGAACCUUCUCUCAUGGGAUGUUAAACCAGAGUACUUCAGUUUACAAAACAGCAGGUUCGUCUUGGCAGAGGUUAGCACAAGGGUCUUACAUGAGUGAAGUGUGAAGACCUACACUUCAAUGCUGCUGCAAGGUAAUAGGUCAUGGCUACCUUACACAGAAGCAGUUAUGCUGCCACAGGUGUCUAUGUACUUUAAAAUUCCUUACUGGCUUAAACAAAUGUGUUUCAGGCUCUGUUGUAUUUGGAUGGGUUUUGUCCACAACUCUGAAGAGCAAUAUAAUCGUGUACCUUAACUUUCCUAAGGCAGCUGAGGAUGUCAUACAAAGCUACAGCCUGCAGAGCUUAGGAUUUACCACUAAACAGUCUAUAUUUGGAAGACAUCAUAAGUUGUUUGGAGCACUGCGGUUCAAAGUGUUACAGUUUUGAGGGACUGACUAGUUCAUGUAGGAAUCAUGUAGGAACCUUGAAGUAUGUAUUUGAAAAUUUUUCUUUAGAGUGGAUUGCAGUUUAUUUGCUUUGGUUAAGUCAUUGGCUGAAAAAAGGCACUUCGCUACCUUGGUUAGAUAGGACUGGUAAAAAACAUUUCCCAUAAAAGCAGUUAUUUAGCUUCAGUACCUUUUUUAACAUUGAGUGCAAUUCAGUCAUCCAGGAAGUUCAUCCUGCGAACAUUUGUUCUAGCUCUCAUGUGAGAGUCAAACAAACAUAGCAUUGGCUAUUGUAAGAUGUUGUUGCGUGCAGAUUGCAGGGGGUUUCAGUGAGAACCUGAACUUUACUUCAGUAGGAUUAUCUAUCCCUUUCCCUCCCUACUUUUUCUUUGCACUGUUUGUAUGACAGAUUUGGUUGCUAGUAAUUUCUUUUCAUUCAUCUAAGUGAUUACGCUUUUGGUAUUUGUAAGGGUUGCUUCAAGGUUAUGCUGCGUAACUAGAAAGUAAUGGCUUUAAUAUUUGAAAGGGAAGAGGAUAUUUAUUACAAAUACCAUGAACUGCAUCGACUCCCCAGGUUUCAGUUGCAGCAUGUGGAGUUCUCUUUACACCAUCGCCAUGAAGGUGGCUUUGAAGCGUUUGUGCAGUCACACAUUUACCAGAUUAAAAACAAAUUAGCUUUGGGGUUUUUUUUAGAGCAGUGGACAGGAGUAGAAGUAAUUGCCUAAUGAGGUCUUAACUUCCACAUCUGAAAUACGUAACUUUAGCAAGUACACAGUAAGUAACGGGUAGCCUUGGCCCUGUGUUGUAGUCUGACAUUUGUAGCCAAGUUACCUGCUUCUUGUUACUGUGGUUUGUGCUGAACUUUGUACUGUCUUUCUUUUGUCUAUGAAUCAACACGUUUUAUGUAAUUCUGUAAAAUACUGGCCAUGAUCCUCCAUUGUUGCACAUCCAAGUUUAUCUGUGGGUUUACAGUGAGUGGCUAGUCUGUAUAAAAAUCAUUAUACAAAGAUGACUGAAUGCUUAUGCCAGUUGCACUUAAACAAACAUGCCCAUUCUCAUUAGCUGAUGCAGUAAUAUAUUCAGUUUAUCUAUGCAUUGCUGGGCUCUUAAUGCAGACAGAGACUUGUCUAAGGUUUGGGUUGUCAGCAAGUUGAACGGACACUUUAGUUAUUUAAUAAAGACUUUUGACCAAAAUUCAGAAAAUGAUAUGAGAGAAAAAUGAAUUCCGGCUAGUCUAAUAGAUUUUUAAAUGCUGAUCUUAUUUAGCCCAUUGGCUAGCUAGCUGGUAUCGUUUACUUUUAAUUCCUUGUUAAAAUAAGGCAAUAAUUUGCAGGAUUUUUGUAAAUAUGUAAAUUCUUCAUAUCUUUUUAGAUAUCUAUUUCAAUAUUUUCUGACUACUUCUGUGUAUAGUAACAUUUUUGUGCAUGCUUGAUGUGACAUUCAUAAAUUUGUACCACUAUGACUUUAUCCAUGUAAAAUAGCUAUUUAUUGAACUCUUCUUUUAAAAGCUGGACUUACUUCUUUUUCUCUCAGUUUAAACAUUUAAAUGGAGAACUUGCUACUGUUUAUUAAAAGAAUUGCGUUUUGAAAGCCAUCAGGAAGACACCUGACUCAGCCAUGCAGAGAAACUAGUGUUGCCUGGGUCCUUAGACAGCGAAGCACAAUUCUUGUAACAAACUGUGACAAAUUCUUUGUCCUUUGCCACACUUUUUCCUACAAACAAACCAAAAAAAAUCUAUUACGGGCACUUGCAGUGUUGGUAGGCGUUUCCUUCCUGUGCACGGGGACUUCCCAGAGGGUAGCCAAUUCAUUUAACAGUGUAACUGGUGCUGUGGUUAUAGCAAUACUUUUGCUUUGGUUAGCCACACGUCAUCUUCUCAUGCUUGGUUUUUAAGUGGUUGGUUUUCCUCUUGUCACAGUCAAACUGCUGAGUUUACCUGAAGGAUGUACAAUACCGUUCGAAGAAUACUAAAUGGUGUGCCAGUUAGGUCAAUGAAUUGUGCAAUUGUUUCCCACUUUUAAUUUUUAAAACUGAGAGUCAAACAUAGGAAAACUUCAGAUGCAGUAGAACAUAGUGAUACUACUUAAUUUAACCAAAGUCUUUGAGUGAGUGUUUCAGCUUUGAAUGUAAACUAAUGGAUGAACUGACCAACGGGGACACUAUUUGCCCAGCACUAAAGCACAUUGUCUACAGACAGGGAAACUACAUAAAGUAAAUUAUAAAGUAACAACAACGUCACUAUUUUGUUGGUGGUGGUUUUCUAUUUUUCAUUAAAAGGAGGAGGAUGAUGCUGUCAGUUGUAAAAUACAGUAGGAAUGGUUACAGUCCUCCUAAUAAAACAAGAUUCCCAGUUCAAAGUAUGCACCCUGUACAUAACAGCAAAUCUAGGGACAAUCGGAACGUCUUUGAGGGUCAGGUGUUCAAGGGGAAGUUGCUAUCAUUGCAUUGGUUUAAUGUUUGUACAUAAACACUGCUGAUUUUUUGGAGCAUUAUUUUGUAUUUGUUGUACUUUAAUACCUGGUGUACAGUUCCAGAAAUAAAUGUCUGGAAACCUUU